AUGUCAGAGGGCGGCGCGGCGCGCGCGGGCCCGGGCGGCGCGGCCACGCUGCAGGGGCUGCGCGCCGCCACCAACUACUCCGUGUGGGUGCGCGCGCGCUGCGACGCCGGCGCCGGCCCGCCCGCCGCGCCCGUCUACUGCACCACGCGCGACGAUGUUCCUGAGGCCAUCGAACAAGUGCGGGCGCUGGCGGCGGGCGCCGGCGCAGUGCGCGUGACCUGGCUGGCGCCCGCCGGGGCUGGCCGGCUCACGCACUACACGCUCUACACCAGGGAAAACGCCAAAGUGGGUGGAGAGUGGGCACAGCGUGUCGAUGUAGCGGUGGAGGAAGGCGAGACUCAGACCGGGCCGGAGGAGGUGUGGCGCGAGGUACGCGGCCUGCGCGAGAGCACUGUGUACGAGUUCUGGGUGCGCGCCGCCAACACUGCCGGCGUCGGCCCGCCCAGCCGCCCCGUCACCGCCGCGCCGGCUCCCACGUUAUCAGCCAGGAUAUCGUCGUUCAGUCGAGUGGUGUCCGCGGCGUGGGGAUCGCGCGUGCGCCUACACUGUACCGCCCUGGGCGCGCCGCCGCUGCGCUGGCGCUGGGCGCCGUUACCGAGCCAUUCAACUAUCUCUGAUGAUGGCGAUCUCAUCAUUCAUAAGGCAGAUGUGUCGCUAGCGGGCAACUACACGUGCACAGUCCGCAAUGGGGUGGGCUCUGACACACUGAGUAUAGCGUUGCACGUCCGCGCCCCGCCCGCCCCGCCGGCACCCCGCUUGCUAAGUACUGCGGCGCACGCGCUUCAGCUCAGCUGGGAUAAACCAAACGACGGUGGGGCACAUAUACUGGGGUACACCGUGUGGUGGACGCGCGGCGAGAGCGCGGGCGCGGCGCGCGCGCGGCGCGUGCCGGGCGCGGACACGUCGCUGCGGCUGGCGCGCCUGGCGUGCGGCGCGCCCUACCGCGUCACGCUGCAGGCACACAACGCGCUCGGCGCGUCGCCGCACUCCGCGCCGCUCGUCGCGCGCACCAGAGGCGAAAAAGCUAAAGCACCGCAAGGUAAGGAGUUCAUUUGGGCGAACAGUACAUCGCUGCGGCUGAACUUGCUCGCCUGGGGUGGGCGCUGCCCCGUGGCCGCCUGGGACCUGACCCUGCGCCACGCUGCUGGCGGCGCCUGGCAGAAUAUAUUCACAGACGGAGAAACUGGCGAGGCCGGCGGCCUGCAGCCGGGCGCCUGGUACGAGCUGCGAGUGGAGGCGCGAUCUUCUGCUGGGGACACCAUUGCGUUUUACAGAGCUGCCACGCAUUCUGCUAAUGGAGAGCGUUUAGGCGAGCCCUCCGAGAUUCCAGCGGAGAAACGCAGCGUGGUGAGCGGGGGAGCGGCCAGCGGGGGCGCGGGGGUGGGGGGCGCGCUGUGGCGCUCGGGGCUGCUGCCCGCGCUGCUGGCGGGCGCGCUGGCCGCGCUGCUGCUCGCUCUCACCGCGGUAGUGGUAGCUCGGCGACGGCGCGCGGCCUCGUGCCUGCGCCGCGAGCGCUCGCUGCACCAGUUGUGCCAGCCGCACCCCCAGCUCUACACCACGGAACCGAGCAAACGAAAUGGGAAAGCUAUUACUCCACCCGAUGUGAGGAGCGAGAUGCAUGAGAUUAGCCCGUACGCGACAUUCAGCAUGUCGGGCGGCUCGGGCUGCGAGGAGAGCACGAGAGGCGCGGGGGCAGCGCGGGGCGCGGGCGCGGGUCUCUCGGGCUGCGCGCUGCACCUGCGCACGUUCGGCCGCGCCGAGGCGCUGGACCUGGCCGCGCCCCCGCCUCGCCCCAACCUUUUGGCGCACGCUGCAGAGUACGGACGGUCACAUGACAGCGACUCGGAGUCGAGCGGCUCGCCGUGCGCUGCGUGCGCCGCCGAGCUGUACCGACUGCCCGCCGCGCACCUCUCCGAGACACUGCCGGCGCCGGCGCCUGAGUCGAGUGCGGAAGACACGGUAUACGGGCCGCGCGACACUGCGGCGCCUCGUGAGCGACGUCGACGUCGCGCGCCCUGUCAGCCCUCGCUCAGGUCCGCAGCGACGCGCGCGCUCCGCACUGACGUCCGCGCGUGAGCACUCACGCUGUAUAUAUUGUAAUAUAUUAUUAUCAAGUAUCAAGUGCUGGGACACUGUC